UAGUGCUAUCUGGAAUCCUUGGAAUGCUUGGGACGUCCCUACAAUAACCAUUACCUAACCUAUCCUAACCCAACCCUUACCUAACCCAUUUUACAUUUCAAUUUCAAUAGGGGAUAGGGACGUCCCAAGCAUUCCAAUUUGCUCCCAAAUGGCUUUGUUCAAAAUGCUUAAAAGCCGAUCUUGAACCAAGGAAAAAUUGCAAAUCUCCAAUGCAAAGCCAAAAAGUAGGGUAACAUUUAUGCCAGAUCGUGAAAAGAGCAUACUAAUACUUUUUUACCUGGACAAAUUAUUAGAUCCCCUGUAAAAAAAAAGAAAAAAAAGAAGACGUUUAUUUUUAAUGCACUGCAAAAAUGAGUUUAGACCAGAAGGAAGCACUCUCCUAACAGGUUAUUGUUUCUGCAGUGAGGAUUCACCCUCAUUGUAUAAUUAUGUUGUAAUAUAUCUGCAGGUAAUCGUUGUUUUGAGCAACAACAAAAAAAUCAAUAGAAGCUGUAUGUAAAUCAGUGAGCUAAAUAAACGUCGCUAUCUGGCUUUCUCCGAUGCGAUUCGGGUCCCGACCAAAAAGAUCAGUUCAAAAAGAACGACCCAUCACUAGCUAAUGUUAGGAUCAGAUAUCCAGUGGGACGUUCAGUGCAAUCCGGAAUCCUUGGGAUAUUCCUACCCUAAUCGCUACCCUUAACCAUAACCCUUACCCGUUUUACAUUUCAACUUCAUGGGGUAGGGACUUCCCAAGGAUCCCGGAUAGCACGGACCCCAUUCGGACAUUGGAGUGGUACCCGACGUGUUGUGAAUCCUGCCUGUCGUAACAUUCGCUGAGGACUUUCCCACCCUUAAUACGCCGUAAACGGUAAGACUGCUGCUACGAUCCUACCAACGGGUCAGUCAUUGAACGCACUGUGAAGUGCCUCGACACCCUGCUGUCCUGUUUACUUGCCAGCGGAGUGAUCAGCAUUGUGCGGGCCCCAUUGUGGAUCCCCAGCCCCAGCGAGCGGCGGGAGGAGGCAGAGGCUGAGGCAGCCUGAGGCAGAGGGCACAGCGCUAGCAGGGCCAUGAACGUCACCGGGUACCAGCAGCAGCAGGGGGGUUUUCGGACAUGCCGAGGCACACUCAGGGAGAGGGAUCCUAGGCAGGGUGUGGGCAUGGAGACAGCCUGCUGCCUGGCCCCUGGAGCCCUGCGCAGACUGAUUGAGCUGCCGUCUCCCCCGCUCAACCGCCACCAACUGAAGAGACUGGAGGAGCACAGGUACAGCAGUGCAGGUCGCUCCCUGCUGGAGCCUCUGAUGCAGCGCUACUGGGAGUGGCUGGUAGGCCGCGUGCCAGCCUGGAUCGCUCCCAACCUCAUCACCAUCGUGGGCCUGGCCACCAACGUAUUCACCACCCUGGUGCUAGUCUACUACUGCCCCACCGCCACUGAACAGGCACCUCUUUGGGCAUACCUUCUGUGUGCUGUGGGCCUGUUUGUGUACCAGUCAUUGGACGCCAUUGACGGGAAGCAGGCCAGACGAACCAAUAGUAGCUCUCCACUGGGCGAACUGUUUGACCACGGCUGUGACUCCCUCUCCACAGUGUUUGUGGUCCUGGGCACCAGUAUAGCAGUGCAGCUGGGCACCAACCCUGACUGGAUGUUCUUCUGCUGUUUCGCUGGCAUGUUCAUGUUCUACUGUGCCCACUGGCAGACCUACGUCUCUGGCACCCUGCGCUUUGGCAUCAUUGAUGUGACUGAGGUGCAAAUCUUCAUUAUAAUCAUGUAUUUGCUGGCCGCUGUGGGAGGAUCCGCUUUCUGGCAGUCACUGAUCCCAGUCAUAAACAUCCAGAUGAAAAUAGUUCCAGCCAUCUGCACUUUCUUAGGUGCCAUCUUUUCCUGUACUAAUUACUUCCGGGUUAUAUUUACCGGAGGUAAGGGCAAAAAUGGAUCCACAAUAGCAGGAACCAGUGUCCUAUCUCCUGUGUUACAUAUAGGCUCAGUAAUAAUACUGGCCAUGAUGAUCUAUAAGAUGUCAGCUAUCCAGUUGUUUGAGAAGCACCCCUGUGUUUAUAUCCUGGCCUUUGGCUUCGUGUCGGCCAAGAUCACCAACAAAUUAGUUGUAGCACAUAUGACAAAGAGUGAGAUGCAUCUCCAUGAUAUAGCAUUCCUGGGGCCAGGCCUGCUGUUCCUGGACCAGUAUUUCAACAGUUUUAUUGAUGAAUACCUGGUGCUGUGGAUUGCGCUGAUCCUGUCUUUCGUUGACUUGGUGCGUUACUGUGUCAGUGUUUGCAACCAGAUCGCCUCCCAUCUUCACAUCUUUGUCUUCCGAAUAAAGCCACUGACCCCCUCCACACUUCAGUGAGGGCACGGACGCCAUUUCUGUCUAUUGCUCUUUCUUUCUUUCUUUCUUUCUUUCUUUCUUUCUUUCUUUCUUUCUUUCUUUCGCUCUCUCUUCAUGUUAGUUAGUAAGUUGUUGCUCUUUCACCAUUUUUUGUAUUUGUUGAGGCAGGGUUGGGGUGGAUGUGUGUGAAGCUAUGAUGUGGGUGGAGCUAUUACCAGUAGAGGUGCUGGCAAGUGAAUGUGGGCAUAAAUGAAAUAUAAUGAGUUAAUAAUAAUGAUGAUAAUAAUAAUAAGUUAUUGUCCAUCGCUGCUUUGUGCAAUUUCUGUUGAUUUCAUCUUGUUACAGUAAUCAGAUUCCUGAACAAAAAUAAUGCUUUGUCUCUUUUUCUGAAAUGAAUAGUCACAUUGGACAUGUACUGAAUGCUCUUCUCUGUGUCAGAGAGGGUAAAUAAGUGCAAGAAGACUGCAAGGGGCUUGAAUAGGUGCUACCCUAUUCAUUUAAUAAUGAUCAUUAUUAUUUUCUUAUUGAACUUUGAAACAAACAUUUCAUGUGUUGACAUAGUGUGUUAGUUGUUCUCUACAAGGAAAUGUACAGCAUCGAAAGAGAUUUACACAGGUUGUCAGUCUGCUUUCAGUUUUGUUUCGUAAGAGUGUCGGGUUUUUAUUAAAUGUAUAUAUCAUUUUACAAUAUUUGCAUAACCUCACUUUUCGGUUUCACAAAUAUCAAACUAUUAGGGUGUUGGUAUUUGUAGUGUUCUUUUAUUUCAAAAAGUUUUUCCUGGCAAUACAGUAUCUGAUCAAACCUACAUAAGUGGUACAUUACCUUGCAAUUACAUUCAAAUGAUUUCUGUAAUAUAUUACAGAUAUAAACUACAUGGCUAAACAAAUUGUUGUAAAGAUACAAAUUGUAUUGCAUAUUUGAAAAGAUAAGUGUCUCAAGCCUUGCUUCCCUGAAAUGGCUCAAGCAUACAUUGUCUCCAAUGCCACCAACAUUACACAGUGCUUAUGGCACUACAUGCAGGUUUGCUAGCGGUUGUCAAGCAUACUACUCUGUAUAUCCAGUUUAAUAUUGCUUUUAAAUAGUUGAAUGUAUAACAUAUAAUUUACAUUUUUAGCAGCCGUUUCUUGCUUUAGAUUUGUGUGCCUGUUUAUUAUUGUAUUGUCCUGUUGCACCUCUGCCCUCUCAGAUACUGUCGUGUUGCAUUUGUCCCGGGAAUGCUCAACGAAAACGAAAUGCCAAGUGUUAUUGAAAAGUAUUGAUGUGAUUUUUGUCCCCCCAAAAAGUAGUGUCAUUCUUAUUGGAAGCUAAAGAUGUUGUCUGCGCUUGCUCAUAUCUAGAAUCUAAGGACAUGUUUUAAUUUUACUUAAAAUGAUUUUGUAAUUUAUUUUUAAAUUACCGUGUAACACAUCUACGAACAACUUUCUUUGUGUAGAGCAUUCUGCCCUGUGCCAGGUCCACGUACAGCAAUUGAUAGUGUUUUGGGAGAAUUGGGGAGUUUCAAUGUGACAGAAAAAUGAUAUUCUAACUGUGCCCUAAUGUUAUUUGUCUGUACAACGUUUUUGCCUCUAUACCUGCAUUCUGCUUAUAAUUCACCAUCAGAAUCAAUAGAAACUCUGUCAUUUCAAUGGAAAACAGACUUUAUUUCUGUGUGUAUUGUUAUUGAGCUCAUUUGACAAUGUGUACAAGUAAUUUUCAGACAAGUAAAAGGUUGCCUUAAACACAAUAUCAUUUUUUUCUUCUUUUGGAAGAUAAAGGUCAAGCCUCUUAAACAAAUUAGGGGCAUGUUGUCUCUGUGUGUGUUUACUGGCAAAGGCUUGUGUUUUCUUCCCUGUUACUGUUGUUUUCUUUUAGCCAGACCGUCAAGCUCAGGUAUAUUACAGUGUGCAGAAUUGUAUGUUCAUAGGCUAUGAGAAAAUCACUUCGACAAUCUCUCCCUCACCUACCAAUGCAAAUAAAAUGUCAUUCACACAUGUAAGAA